AUAAAACAGAAUUCCACAAAGAAAUUGCAACUAUUCAUAAAGGGAUAGCAAUGUGCCACGUGGUUCAGUUGUAACUUCAUAAUGGAAGAAGAAAUUUUGCGGCGAAUGGCGAUAGUGGUCGAAACGUAAUUUUCAGGAAACCGGAAACUAUCAAAUUCAAUUCAAUUUCUAUGGGCACUCUAAUCCUAAAAAGUUCUCCCCAUUGGACUCUACAAGCCACUCGCAAACAUUCUUUCUCUAAACCCUUCUCUGCAAAUUUUUUCUCUACUAAUUCCAAACCCAGAUCUUGUUCCCUCAAUUCCAUUAAGAUGCAAGGCAGUGAAGCGACUACUGAGAAAAUUACAGAGAUAACAGAAACAAAAGUGAAUGGGAAGAAGAAAAUAUUUGUGGCUGGAGCCACUGGAAGUUCCGGUAAAAGGAUUGUGGAGCAAUUACUUGCGAAGGGUUUUGAGGUCAAGGCUGGAGUUAGAGAUUUGGAGAAGGCCAAGACUACCUUUUCUAGUGAUAACCCAUCUCUUCAAAUUGUGAAAGCUGAUGUAACUGAGGGGUCUGCCAAAUUAGCAGAAGCAAUAGGGGGUGAUUCUGAGGCUGUAAUAUGCGCUACCGGGUUUCGGCCUGGUUUGGACUUGUUUGCUCCGUGGAGGGUUGAUAAUUUUGGAACGGUAAACCUUGUUGAUGCAUGCCGUCAACUUGGUGUUAAUAGAUUCAUUCUCAUUAGCUCCAUUUUAGUCAAUGGAGCAGCAAUGGGUCAAAUAUUCAAUCCAGCUUACAUCUUUCUCAAUGUUUUUGGACUAACCUUAGUAGCGAAGCUUCAGGCUGAGCAGUAUAUCAGGAGAUCUGGUAUAAACUACACAAUAAUUAGACCUGGCGGGUUGAGAAAUGACCCUCCAACUGGAAAUGUUGUUAUGGAGCCAGAGGAUACUCUUUAUGAAGGAUCAAUAUCCAGAGAUCUGGUUGCAGAGGUUGCUGUCGAGGCCUUAGUCCAUCCAGAAUCGUCAUACAAAGUUGUGGAAAUUGUCUCUCGUGCUGAUGCUCCUAAGCGUUCUUAUACAGAUCUUUUUGGUUCCAUUAAGCAAAGAUGAUCAUUGUUGGAAAGCGGUAAUCCUUUCUUCAAGCCAGAGCAUUUACAUAUAAAAUAAUAUUUCUGAUGUUAUUUGUUGCCUACUUUCACUUGUUAGUAGAUAAACCUAGCUAGUUGUUUUGGCUGCUUCCAUAGAAUAUAGUGAGUAAUUUUCUUGGCUCUGAUGUUGUGUAACAUUUGUUAAAAAAGAAAAAUGACAUGUUUUAUAGGCAGUAAUUGAAAUAAAGGAAAACAAGAAUAUACUUGAAUUUUUUGAUUUGUAUUCAAAUAUUAUACAUUCAAGAAUCAUAAGACAAUAGUACAA